GCCGGGUGCCGGGGCCCCUCCCCUCUUCGGCGGCAGCGAGUUUUUCGGACUCUACCCUGAGCGGACCCGGGGGCUACCGGGCUCUCGCGUCGGUCGGAUUCCGGGUCAUGGCGGUCCGGGGGCCCGCGCCCCGGGCUAGCGCCCGGACUCUGCUUCUCCUGCUUUUCUUCUUCAGGCCCAGGUUAGAUCUGCAAUUUUUCCAGCGGUUCCUGCAGAUACAGAAGGUUUUGUUUCCCUCUUGGUCAUCACAGAAUGCCUUGAUGUUCCUGACUCUUUUGUGUGUGGCCCUACUGGAACAACUGGUGAUCUACCGGGUUGGCUUGCUUCCCAGUCAGUACUUUGGGGUCCUAGGAAACAAAGAUUUAAAUGGGUUUAAGACCCUGACGUUCCUGGCUGUUGUGCUCAUCGUCCUCAACUCCAUGCUGAAGAGCUUUGACCAGUUCACCUGCAACCUGCUGUAUGUGAGCUGGAGGAAGGACCUCACCGAGCACCUCCACCGCCUCUACUUCCGGGGCCGCGUGUACUACACCCUCAACGUGCUGCGGGAUGACAUCGAUAACCCGGACCAGCGCAUCAGCCAGGACGUGGAGCGGUUCUGCCGGCAGCUCAGCAGCGUGGCCAGCAAGCUGAUCGUCUCCCCCUUCACCCUCAUCUACUACACCUAUCAGUGCUUCCAGAGCACCGGCUGGCUCGGGCCUGUGAGCAUCUUUGGGUAUUUCAUUCUGGGAACCGUGGUGAACAAGAUGUUGAUGGGUCCCAUUGUGGCAAAACUGGUGCAGCAGGAGAAGCUGGAGGGGGAUUUCAGGUUCAAGCACAUGCAGAUCCGGGUGAAUGCUGAGCCUGCUGCUUUUUUCAGAGCUGGGCACGUGGAGCACAUGAGGACAGACCGCAGGCUGCAGAGACUCCUUCAGACCCAGAGGGAGCUGAUGUCCAAGGAGCUCUGGCUGUACAUCGGCGUCAACAUGUUUGACUAUCUGGGCAGCAUCCUGAGUUACGUCGUGAUCUCAAUCCCCAUUUUCAGCGGCGUCUACAGAGACCUGAGCCCCACAGAGCUCAGCACCCUGGUCAGCAAGAACGCCUUUGUAUGCAUGUACCUCAUCAGCUGCUUCACCCGGCUCAUCGAUCUCUCCACCACACUCUCCGAUGUGGCAGGCUACACACACAGGAUCGGGGAACUUCAGGAGACCCUGCUGGACAUGACCCUGAAGUCACGGGAUGGGGAGAUCCUGGACGAGAGCGAGUGGGACUUGGCCAGGACUCCAGGAUGGCCAGCAACAGAGCGAACAGAUACAGCUUUUCUUCUUGAGCGGGUCUGCAUCUCCGCCCCCUCCUCUAACAAACCCUUAAUCAAGGAUCUGAGCCUGAAGAUCUCUGAGGGGCAGAGCUUGCUUAUCACAGGCAACACGGGCACCGGCAAGACCUCCUUGCUCCGGGUUCUGGGUGGCCUCUGGGCGAGCACAUGGGGCUCAGUGCAGAUGCUGAUGGACUUUGGACCCCACGGGGUGCUGUUCCUGCCACAAAAGCCAUUCUUCACUGACGGGACCCUUCGGGAGCAGGUGAUAUAUCCCUUGAAGGAGAUCUACCCGGACUCAGGUUCUGCUGAUGAUGAGAGGAUCAUAAGGUUCCUGGAGUUGGCAGGCCUGCAAGUCUCAACAGUGUGGCUGGCGGACUGCUCUCCCAGCCCCACCGUGUCCAGCUUGGUGGCAAGGACAGAGGGUCUGGACCAGCAGGUCGAUUGGAACUGGUAUGAUGUUCUGUCCCCAGGAGAGAUGCAGAGGCUCUCCUUUGCCCGGCUCUUCUACCUGCAGCCGAAGUAUGCAGUGCUUGAUGAAGCCACCAGUGCCCUGACCGAGGAGGUGGAGAGCGAGCUCUACCGCAUUGGCCAGCAGCUGGGCAUGACGUUCGUCAGCGUGGGCCAUCGGCGCAGCCUUGAGAAGGUACCUGUGCCCGCAGGAUGGCCUGAGGAGGAGAAAGAAUGCCAAGGCUGGGCCUGGCCGGGGCCAGAGCCCCCUCAAAAUGGAGAGUGGGGAUGGCAGAGAGGGCAGGGAAUCUGUCACAGCCGGGGCAGCCUGAUCUCCGCGUGGUGGUGGUCUCUUGUAGUUUCACUCCUUGGUUCUGAAACUCUGUGGAGAAGGAAGGUGGGAGCUGACCAGAAUCAAAGUGGAAUGAAGCCAAGGCUGGCCACCGGCAGGAGAGCCAAGCCCAGGAGAUCGAGUCCCCAGGAGAGACCAGGAAGGCUGAUGGGGCAAGGAAGGAGCUCCAGGUUUGCCUCACAGGUCCCAUGUGGGUAGCACCAGCAGCAGUGGACUUAGCCCACGUGUGGCCCUCCGCAGGACCCUCAUCCUGCCAGGGUGCCUCCUGCUGCCUCAGCCAGAGCUUCGUACACUUGACGUGCUGAUUACUUCACAUAUGACCUCAGAUCGUGUUUUCUAAAGAAAACCUGAAAGUGUGAGAUCUAUAAGAAAUGCAGGGUCAAAAUGGAGAGUGUAUCGGACUUGGAGUCAAGAGAUCCAGGAAUCUUUUAGAAUACAUCAAUUUUGCAACAGUAGAUUUUUAACUUUAAUCAACUAUUUAAAUUUUAUAACUUUUUUUUAAAAGAAAAGAUAAACAUGUUUUUAAACUUGCA